CGCGUCUCAAGGUUGUGGAUUUUGAGAGCGCCAGCCCUCCUUUUCCUACAAUUUGGAUCGUCCAUGUUUUCAAAAGUCAACAAGCCAUUAUCUAUAUCUUCGGACCUCAUAGAGUAGGUCUUAAUAUGCCGGAAUUAUUUUCUCAGAGCCAGCUUGACCGCCCACAGGAACGAGCAACCAAACCGCCUCCUGGUAUCACUAGAUAUGACUCUGACGACGAACUCGGAACCGAGGACUACCCUUGGGAAUGGAUUUACGAGUCGGAGCAGGCCGAAUCCCCGAAAGAUAAUGGGACUGGUAGCACUAGGAAGAGGAAGAGGACGCAGGAGCGGAAGAUCGUCGGCGCUCGCAUGGGAGAUUUCGAGUGUGCUUUGGGUGAAACCGUGUUAUUGAAGGCCGAGGGCUCCAACGAGGCGUGGGUUGGCAUAAUAUGCGACUUCGUCGACGAUGACGAGGGAGAGAAGGCUGCCAAUUUUAUGUGGUUUUCCACAGAGAAGGAGAUUCGCAACAAGGAAAAGAAGAGGAAGGAUGCCUACCCGAACGAACUGUACAUCUCGCCUUCGUGGGAUAUCAAUCCUCUAGCGGCAAUCAAUGGCACAGCCCGUGUCACUUCAUUGCAAGCGUUCCUGAAGGACUACCCAAGCGGCAAGGUCCCCCGAAAAUCGAAAGAUUCCGGAAAGGUUUUCAUCUGCCGUCGAGGAUGUAAUACAAGGACCGCAACUUACACCGACGAAUUUGUGUGGGAGGACGUCUACCGUGGGAAUGAGGACAUCGACACUCUAGUGGACCUUGUCAAAGGAGGGACUAAGGCGACUAGAAAGCGGAGGGUAGGAAAAAAAGAGCCUCCAGAGACAGACUAUGCUCCUGGGGAGGAUGCGGAGGAGGCUACAGACUAUCCUCGCACCCCAAAGAAGCCGAGGAAUCAGGACGCCAUUACGCCGAGCAAGCGGGGGAGUGGAAGCAAACCCAUGACUCCUUCACAUCGGAAGAUUAUGGUAAAGAAACACCUCGACUUUACCCCAUUGGCCACUCGAGUACUCUCCCCCAACCAUCACCUAUCCUCCCCCUACCAGCUCGCUCGAUCACAGCUCCACGUCGCCUCAGUUCCCACCAGCCUGCCGUGCCGAGAGGCCGAGUUUAGCCUCGUAUAUUCGCAUUUGGAAGCCGCCAUUACGGAUGGAGUUGGCUCCUGCAUAUAUAUAUCUGGCACUCCCGGCACGGGUAAGACGGCUACCGUACGGGAGGUGGUCUCGAGGCUGGACGAGGCGGUCCGUUCCGACGAGCUGGACGACUUCAUCUUCGUGGAGAUCAACGGCAUGAAGAUCAGCGACCCCCACCAGGCAUACUCGCUGCUAUGGGAAGCUUUGAGGGACCAGCGCGUCAGCCCGGCCCAGGCUCUCGACCUUUUGGAGCGCGAGUUCAGCAACCCUAGCCCCCGCCGGGUACCCUGCGUCGUGCUGAUGGACGAGCUCGACCAGCUGGUCACAAAGAACCAGGGCGUCAUGUACAAUUUCUUCAACUGGCCGGGCCUGCGGCACAGCCGGCUCAUCGUCCUGGCCGUGGCCAACACCAUGGAUCUGCCAGAGAGAACGCUGAGCAACAAGAUCAGCAGUCGUCUCGGUUUGACCAGAAUCACAUUCCCCGGCUACAACCACGAACAACUGAUGAGGAUCGUGAAGUCCAGGCUGGAAGGCGUCCCGGGCAACAUUGUCGAGCCGGACGCCAUCCAGUUCGCGAGCCGCAAGGUAGCCGCCGUCAGCGGCGACGCCAGGCGGGCGCUCGACAUCUGCAGGCGGGCGGUAGAGCUCGCCGAGGCGGACAGCCGUGCAGCCGAGUCCGAACCGCCGACGCCGAGCAGGCGAGCAGCAGCAGCAGCAAAGGCGGCCGCCACUCCCGGCGGCGAUUCGACCACGGCGACGACGAUGAAGAAGAAGGCUACCGCAGGUAGGGUGACGAUCGAGACGGUCCGGCGCGCCAUCGGCGAGGCGACGAGCAACCCGCUGCAGCUGUACCUCCGCGCCCUGCCCUUCGCCCCGAGGCUGCUCCUCUCGGCGCUCCUGUCGCGGACCCAGCGCACCGGCCUGGCCGAGAGCACGUACGGCGACGUCCUCGAGGAGAUGCAGCGCAUGCUGCGGCUCUCGGCCGGGGCCUCGCGCCCGCUGGGCCUCCUCGACCACCGCGGCGGGCCUGCCGACCCGGAUGCCUCCGGCGCCGUGCCGUCGAGGGCCGCCAGGCCCAGGCACGAACCUCGCGUCCUGCGGCCCACCGGCAUGGGCAGGGCGGCGGCCGACCUGACGGGCGCGGGGAUCAUAAACCUGGAGGCGCAGAGGGCGGAGCGGCCGAGCAAGAUUCGGCUCGCUGUGGGGGACGAGGAGAUCAGGAUGGCAUUUCGGGACGAUCCCGAGAUCAAGUCACUCGGAAUAACGUUAUAAUAGAUAAAUCUCCCAGUGUAGAUUAGGAAGGACGGCCUGAGGAUGCAUUGGGUGUUUUCUAUCUACUUCCGUGAUCCAUCCCUCUUUGUCCUGUGCAGACACGCACACAUUACAGAAAUGUACAUACAAGCAAGCACAAUCGCUCAAUUUUGAAGCCAGACACCCAACUCCUAACCUCCAACCUUCUAGAAUUUCCGUCUCGCCAUAGUCGGUUUCCAAACAAUGGGAUGCGUUUCCGGGGUCGCUUCAUUAUCAGGCUUCCAAAUUUUGACUGCACAAACCGUCUGUCAGUACACAUGACUUCGUGCGACGAGGGACCAACAACUGCAGGAAUGGGGAGCUGGAACUUACUAGUCUUAUCGGC